CGCUGUCAUCAGCACACCUGCAAGCUACACCCGUCAUUCCUUCCUGUUGCAGUUCAGAGUCAGUUGGCGAUGGCAGCUGCGACUAUUUCCAUCGAACAGGACCAGUUCUGCUGUCCCGUGUGCCUGGAGGUUUGGCGAGACCCUGUGACGAUCCCCUGCGGACACAGCUACUGCCUGGAAUGCAUUGAAGACUACUGGAACUGGAACAAGCAGAAGGAGCAGUACAGCUGCCCGCAGUGCCGGCAGACGUUUACUCCCAGACCUCUGCUGAGCAGGAACACCGUCCUGGGUGAAGUGGUGGAAAAGUUUCUGAGGAGCGGAGCUGGAAACUCCACCAAGCCUGAGGAAGUGAAGUGCGGCAUCUGCAGCGGGAGAAAGAGCAGGGCGGUUAAGUCCUGCCUCGUGUGCUUGGAGUCUUACUGUGCGCCUCACCUGAGAGCUCACGAGGAACGCUUCAACAAGAAAGCUCACUCGCUGAUCCCAGCCUCAGAUCAGCUGCGGGAAAGGUUGUGCCCGCAGCACAACAAGUUACUGAGGCUGUACUGUCACAACGAGCAGCAGUGUGUGUGCUCUCAGUGCGUUAAAGAGAGGCACAGGGGCCACGACACGGUCUCCGUGGUGGAUGAACGAGCAACUCAACAGAAAAAACUCAGAGAUGGCUCUUUGAAGUCUGUGCAGAAACUGCGGGAUGCAGAGAAGGAACUUAAAUAUGUCAUUGGAUACAUGAAGCACUCCACAGAGGCUGCAGUGGAGGAGAGCGAGAGGAUUUUCUCCAGGCUGAUCCGAUUCAUCGAGAAACAGAGCAAUGAGGUGAAGGAGCUGAUCAGAGUUCAGGAGAGAGCGGUCGUUAGUCAGGCUGAGGAGGUCCUGGAGAAGAUUCAGAGAGAGAUAGCAGAGAUCAGGAGGAGCAGCGCUGAGCUGGAGAGGCUCUCACACACAGAGGACCACAUCCAUUUCCUCCAGAAGUGCAAAUCUCUUCAUUUCCCUACAAAAACUGUGGAGAUGCCCAACACCGACACACUUACAUACCUGAUGUAUAAAACCAUGAAAGGAGCUUUGGUCGAUCUGAAGGACAGCCUGGAUGAUACAUUUAACAAAGAAUUCAAAAGAGUAUCUGACAAAGUCAUUUCACUGAAGGACAGCAAUGACUUCAAUGCCCCAGAGAAGAUAAAAGCCUAUGACAAUGACAGUGCUUUCAACACAAGACCGAAGACGAGAGAAGAAUUCCUACAAUACUACGGUGAUUUGACUCUGGACAUGAACACGGCCAACUGUUACCUGAGCUUCACGGACGGGCGGCGGUCGGUGACGACCCGCUCGGAGCCCCAGCCCUACCAGGACCACCCAGACCGCUUCACCAGAUGGGCCCAGGUGCUGGGCAGAGCCGGGAUGGCUGCUCGCUGCUACUGGGAGGUGGAGUGGGCUGGAAACGGAGGGGUCUCCAUUGGCGUUUGCUACAAAAGCAUGAGCAGGAGUGGAGGAGGGAGCGACUGCAAGCUGGGACACAACUCAAAAUCCUGGAGCCUGGACUGCUCCAACACGGCGUGCUCGUUUCAGCACAAUAAGGAGAGCGUGAGCGUCGCUGCUCCCUGUGGCAGCAGAAUCGGAGUGUAUCUGGACUUCAGGAGUGGCACUUUAUCUUUCUACAAUAUUUCUGCUCCGAUGGUUUUACUGCACAGAGAGAAGACCACGUUCACCCAGCCCGUGUACCCGGGGUUUUGGGUGGGCUUGGGAUCCACCCUGAAGCUGUGUUCACUUAAAGUGUCAAACUGAGUGUGCUGCCUCAAAAGCACUUUUAGCUUCUCUUGGAUAAUAAAUAUUUAUCUUUUGAGUGAGAAAUAAGGAAACAGACUCCAGAUUCUGCUUCAAGCUCAGUUUAUUUAUUAACCGUACAAGCUGGGGGCAGCAGCAACGUCUGGGCGGAGCAGGUCUCGCUCAGAUCUUGUUGAAGGCAGCAACAUCUACACUCUGGAUCUGCAGAAGAAAAACAAAAAAACAGUAAAGCUUUAUAGCUGAACAUAAUGUUUUUUAGAUAUAUAAAGUUAUAUUUACUUUUGCUCAUCUAGGCAUUUUUUCUCCCAGAUAACUGAGGAGUUGAAGCAGAUGACCGGAUCUGAGCUCAGUUACUAUUUACUGACCCAAGUUAAGGUUGUGCAAUGUGCAACACCUAGACC